UUGAAGUGUUGGUAGUACUCGAUCAUACACGGGCGAAGGUUGACAAGUCCGAAUAAACUGUCACAAUUAACACGAUUGAAGAUGCCUCUCCCGUACAAUGCAGAGAGAGUUGAGCUUCGCCUACGCAUUUUUAAUUACUAUAAGCAAGGCAAAAGUGCUGCAGACACUACAGAACAGAUUUGUAAGGAUUAUGGAAAGAAUGUUGUGUCCCUCGGUAUCUGUAAGAUGUGGUUUACCAAGUUUAUGUCGGGUAAAUAUAAUUUCAAGUCAAAUCAUGCAACUAGGAGCGAAUUGAAAGCAUUGCUGAAGGAAAACCGGCAUCGAACGCAACAGCAGUUUGCUCAGCUGCUUGGAGUUCAUCAUUCAACAGUAUGGUUUCAUUUGAAAGCAAUAAGAGGGAACCGGCAGAAAGUGAGUCAAGUUAUUAAAAUUAAGAGCCAAUUGGAAGCAUUGGUCACGAAAAACCCGUGGCAACCAGAAUGGCAGCUUGCAGUGAAGCUAAGAAGUACUCAGCAAACAGUACGGCGUCAUUUGAAAGCAAUAAAAAAGUACCGGAAGAGACGAAAACAUGGUAGUACAAUUAGAAAAAAAUUGGAAGCAUUGCUCAAAACGAAACCGCACCGAACAAAAAAGCAGCUUGCUGAGCAGCUUGGAGUUUCCUAUUCAACAGUAUGGCGUCACUUGAAAGCAAUAAACGAUUACCGGAAGAUACUAAUACAAAUUAAUAGUACAAUUAGAAACCAAUUGAAAGCAUUGCUCGAAAGGAAUCCGUGCCAAACACAAAGGCAGCUUGCUGAGCGGCUUGGAGUUACUCAAACAACAGUAUGCUAUCAUUUGAAAGCAAUUAGAAGAAGGAACCGGAAGCGAAGAAUACCGCAGUUAUUACAUUUAGAAGACACUUGGACGGCUGGGAGAUCAAAAAGAACCCGCGCCAAACAUAAUAUUAACAGUAUCGCGUGUUUUAAGCAAUAAAAGAGGACCAGGAGAAAGAAAGACAAUUUGAUAAACAGAUGAAUAUAACUGACUUGGAUGCAGACAAUAAUACUCUUGCUGCAGCGCGCCCGUGACAAAAGUGCUCUCUGCGUAUAUAUGUACAGCGAGCGUCUUUUAUACUCGGAGACUUGCGGCACUUGUCAGCAAUGUUUGACUAAAGUAACAAACUGUUAGCGUAAUAUUUGUAAUAUAAGGUUUGUAACUUUUGGAAGUGUUAGAAAGAUGUACAUACUCUGCCAUUUAUUAUAAUAAACGAUUUAAGUAAUUUAAUUAAUACAUUUUCUGUCAAUCUCAACUGUCGAUUUCUCAUGUAGUUCUUGGCAAAUAAACGUUUAAUCAUUAACGUCUUUUUAACAACAAAAAUAUUAGAAACGCUAGAUUUUUAUUUGAGAUGUAUUGUAACAAUGGGAUAUUGUUGAACCUAAUCUACGUACGCAUCUCGCGGCUAUUAUACUUAUUUAUUACUCUUUCCCGAUACGAUCGUGAUCUGUUGAGUGUAAAUAUUGCGACAAAGAUACUUGUCACCAGCCUUUCAGUCAAGCUCGUAAAGCAUUAUGGAAUGUAUAUCGACUUAUAUUAUAUCGUAUUGUCAAACGUGGACAUGUAGUGACAGCUGCAUUCCUUGUAGAAGGAAUCCUCUCAUUCGAGGAUAAAUAGAUUAUGAAAUAUCUCAUAUAUUACAGCGAAUACAAAUACGCGGAAAAUAAAAUCUAAACAAAAUCCAAUUCGAUACAAUUUCAUGAUGAAGAAAUUAAAUUUGAUUCCUCUGAAACUGGAUAAUGAUGGUUACCUAGGUAAUGAAUGUAUAAAUUAUUGCAGUGUUUUUUUUUUUAGGGCAGCUCAUGACCGGCCUCCAAAUUUGUCGUGCUUAAAUUAAAUAUUUAAUUAAAAUACAAAUUCGAGUACUUAUCUAAAUUCUACUGUGAAAUAUCCAGAGAAAUAUAUUUCAGAACAUCAAAAUGGUAUGAAAAUAAAUUACGUUUUCUAAAUAAUUUUAAACAACGAGAAACGAAAACAUAUCCUACGUGUUAUAUUACAUUUUUACAAGUAAUGCAAAAUGCGUAUGAAUUAUGUUACUUUUGUUACUUAAUUUACAGCGUGAGUGUAUAUCAAUCCACGUGGGCCAAGCGGGUGUUCAGAUGGGCAAUGCCUGUUGGGAGCUAUAUUGUCUGGAACACGGAAUCCAGCCCGAUGGAACCAUACCGUCUGAUAAGGUCUCCGGUACCAACGAUUGCUUCAACACCUUCUUUAACGAGACGAAUUCGAAAAAAAUGGUACCGCGCGCCGUGAUGGUCGAUCUCGAGCCAACUGUCGUCGAUGAAGUUCGAAUCGGAGUGUACAAGCAACUGUAUCAUCCGGAACAAUUAAUAACUGGUAAAGAAGAUGCUGCAAAUAAUUACGCUCGCGGUCACUAUUCGAUCGGAAGCGAGGUCAUCGAGUCAGUGAUGGACAGAAUACGCAGACUGACGGAUCAGUGCACUGGUCUACAAGGCUUCUUCGUUUUCCACUCGUUCGGAGGUGGCACGGGAUCGGGAUUUACAUCUCUGCUCAUGGAAAAGCUGUCUGAUACUUACGGCAAGAAGAGUAAAUUGGAAUUUGUAAUAUAUCCGGCGCCGCAAGUAUCUACUGCCGUGGUGGAGCCUUACAAUACGGUAUUAACUACGCACACAACAAUCGGUCAUUCCGACUGCGCCUUCAUGGUGGACAACGAGGCAAUCUACGAUAUUUGUCGACGUAAACUCGGCAUCGAGCGACCGAUGUACGCGAAUUUGAACCGGUUGAUCAGUCAAGUGGUGUCGUCGAUCACCGCAUCCUUGCGGUUCGACGGUGCGUUGAAUGUCGACUUGACCGAGUUCCAGACGAACCUGGUGCCUUAUCCCCGCAUACACUUUCCCCUGACAACUUAUGCCCCAGUAGUGUCCGCCGACAAGGCGUACCACGAGGGUAUGUCAGUCGCCGAAAUAACGGCCGAGUGCUUCGAGCCUGCCAACCAGAUGGUCAAGUGCGAUCCGCGUGAGGGCAAGUACAUGGCUUGUUGCCUCUUGUACCGCGGGGACGUUGUGCCCAAAGAUGUAAACGCCGCGAUCGCCGCUAUGAAAGGCAAGAGCUGCAUCCGUUUCGUCGACUGGUGCCCCACGGGCUUUAAAGUCGGAAUUAAUUAUCAACCACCCACGGCGGUGCCGGGUGGUGAUCUCGCCAAGGUCCAGCGCGCCGUCUCAAUGCUGUCUAACACAACCGCGAUAGAAGAAGCAUGGGCCAAGCUCAAUCAUAAGUUCGAUCUAAUGUACAACAAGCGGGCAUUCAUCCAUUGGUACGUAGGGGAGGGUAUGGAAGAACUUGAAUUCGCGGAAGCACGUGAGGACCUCGCGGCACUCGAAAGGGAUUAUGAGGAAGUCGCCCUCGAAUCGCCGUCCACGCCGGACACCUCGCUGGAAUAUUAACGUAUCUCUGUUUCUGGAACACUUUUUGAUAAGCCGGUUAUAUUUUAGCUGCCUGAAUGCAAGAUAAAAAUUACAAGAAAAAUAUCACACAUUAAAUUCUGCGUGUAAACAUAUUUUUAAUGUUGAUAUCCUUGUGUAAUUAUUACCGCAUCUUUAUACAUCAUCCCUCGUAAAAGUUUCUUGUAUAGUCGAUAUAGAAACACAUACGAUAUAUCGUCAUGAUCAAUACGCAAUUCACUGAAAAUCAACAUAUCUCCGGAAGAAAACGUGAAUAGUCUAGUUUUGUAUCGAAAAUUUUACUGAAUCAAAAUUAUAUGUAUUUUUAUAACAUAUACAAUAUUUGUCCUCUUAUUGACUUCUCUCUUUUUUCUUUUUGCUAGUGACAUAUAAAAAUAUGUCAACGAAAUUAUUUUAUAACUAUUUACAUUGACUUGAUUGCACUUGUAGCGAUAAUAAUAGCGAUAAAAUGUAAAGAAAAUUAUGACGAAAUUUAAGGAGACGUAACAAUAAUGCUAUUAUUAAAACUUCUCAAUCGCAUGGAGACCACAAUAUAAAGAGCUAACGCUAGGCAUAAUAUUAUUUUACAAUAAUAUUACAGGAAAAAAAGUCUGCCUGAUAAACGCUAGCAAUUUUUAUAUUGAUAGUUACUAUCCAGAAUAGAAAAUAAAGCAAAUGGUACAGUAUGGUGACGCUUUUAAAACGUAACACUAUGCGUUUAACAUGAUCACUCAUUAAGCUAUUUUAAUUAAAAAAACAUGUAUUUUCUGUACUGAUAAUUUUAAGAUGAUCAUUCGUUCGAUUGUCAAUUACAGACAACUAAAUGUCUAUCCAUCGUGCGUUAACAGAUUAUAGUUAAAAGAUUAGAUCUCUUCAAAUGAAUCUCAGAUACUUGGACAAAUAAUUAUAUUAUAUAAAUAAUGUAAAUAUUUCCAAGCGAUCAAGCGAAAUUAAGAAUUAAGCGAUAUUUUAUUACUCACAUAUUUUAGUUGGUACAGAGUUAGUCCCAACUUUAAAUAAACACUAUAACCCACGAUGGAAACUCGGCAUAUAAAAUUUAAUUUCAUAUGAGCUGCGACUGCAGAAGGCAUUUAAAGAAUUAAAGAUACAUUUACAAAAGUAUACUCUCACGCAUACACAAAGCACACACGUUCAUUUAUAAAUCUUCAAAGGUUCUUUUCUAUUACGUACAAAUUACAAGUAAGACUUUUUUAUCUCAAAUACUAUUAUGUGUUGUAAAGUAUUUGAAGUAGACUUCAAUCUUUUUACAAUAAUCCCGUGUGACUUAAAAGGAACACGAAUGAAAAUUCGUCCGGGAACGACAAGUUGCCAAGAA